GAUUUGAUGGUCCCAGCAGGUGUCAUUUUGUAAUUUGCAGUUGGGUACACUGUUAAUAUAUUCUGUGUACGAUCGACUUAUCGUAAUAGUGUUCAUAUAUAAUUUUUUUGGACGUUGGUGUAGUGAUACAACUAUUAGGAAGACGAGAAAUCAGGUGUGCUAUUUCUGGUAAUAUUUCAUUCCGUAGUUUAUUCCUAACACAGGUUAUUUUCGUGUACUGUAUCAUAAGAAUGACGACGCAACCAAGAAUCGUCAUUAUAGGUGCUGGUGCCUCAGGAAUAGCUGCCGCUACUCGCUUGCUAGAAAAUGGAUUCAACGAAAUCACUCUUCUGGAAGCAGAAGAUCGCAUAGGCGGAAGAGUAAAUUCCGUGGAGUUUGGGGGAAGUAUGGUGGACUUGGGAGGCCAAUGGGUCCACGGAGAGGAAGGAAACAUCGUUUACCAAAUGGUGAAAGAUUUGGAUCUGCUGAGUCCUUCUCAUAAUACAUACGAUGAUAAUACUUACUUUCUGUCUGAUGGUACUGUAGUAGAUAAAAAUACCACUGACAAAUUAUUCGAAAUUUGCUCGAGAGUGAUGGAUGACGUUGAUGAUGCGCUGAAGUAUCCUGGAACGUUUGGAAAAUAUUUUAUAAAGAGGUAUAAUGAAUUGGUUUUAGAAGAAUUCGGCAAUAAUAAAGACAUUUUUAAGAUUGCCAAGUUACUAGAAGAAUGGUUCCACAAAUUUUUUACUUGUUUGGAUUCAUGCAAAACGUGGUACGACAUAUCCACGCGAGGAGCCAUGAUGAUGUUCAAACCCUGUGAAGGUGAUCAGCAACUCAAUUGGAGACAAAGAGGGUUCCACACAAUUUUAGAUGUUUUGAUGAAAAAGUAUCCCGAUCCGAGCAAGCAGCUACCAAUCGAAGGUAAAAUACUCCUGAGGAAAGAAGUAGCCAAAAUAAUCUGGGAUGACAUCGACAACGAUGAAGGCGCAGCGACAGUUCUCUGUGCAGACGGAUCUUCUUUCCACGCAGAUCACGUCUUGGUCACAGUAUCGGUCGGAGUACUGAAGAAGUUCCACAGGGACUGGUUCGUCCCCCAGUUGCCACCUUUCAAAGUGAAUUCCAUCGAGCACAUCGCUUUGGGCACCGUUAACAAGAUUUUGCUGAGAUUUUCGACGAGAUGGUGGCCAGAGGACUUGAAGGGGUUCAGCUUGCUGUGGACCGAGGACGACAAACUAAAUAUUCCUGACCAUUUCACUCCAAAGGACGAAAAAGGGAGGUCAUGGUUAGAGGACGUGUUUGGCUUCUACGUCAUUGAUAGUCAUCCGAGAGUUCUGCUGGGAUGGGUAGUGGGGCCGACGGCAGCUGAAGUUGAAUUACUUUCGGAAGAAGAGGUCACUAGUGGGUGCUUCUUUCUGUUGAGGAAGUUUGCUGGUCGCCAAUAUGACAUUCCUGAACCUGAAGCUGUUUUGAGGUCCAAAUGGAACAGCAAUCCUCACUUCUGUGGCUCGUACGUUUACGUAGGCUUGGACCAAGAAGUACACAAUGCAACUGCUGAAGAUUUAGCGAAGCCACUGAAGUCGAAGACCGGUAAAGAAACUCUUCUAUUUGCUGGCGAAGCAACUAGUGAGACUCGGUAUUCAACUGUCCAUGGUGCUAUCGAAACGGGCUACAGAGAGGCCGGAAGAUUGAUUGAGAUGUACAAGGUUCCAAUACAUAAAAAAAUCGUGAUCGUAGGAGCUGGAAUGGCGGGUUUGGGAGCUGCAUAUGAACUUACAAAGUUACACUUCGAUGACUUUCUUGUGAUAGAAGCUCAAGAGCAACCAGGAGGAAGGGUUCGUGCCAUAACCGUAGACGGUAAACCACUUGAUCUGGGAGCUCAAUGGUUGCAUGGAAAAGAAAACCCCCUUUACGAUUUAGCUUUGAAGCAUAAUCUCCUAACCGAGAUCAUAUCCGAGGAGGGUUCGGGAAAGUAUGUACGAAACGAUGGUGUCGUUUUCGAUGAAGAUUUAGUAGACGAAGUUGAAACGGAAGUGGAAAGAAUUAUAGAGGAAUGUGUUGCUUUCCUGCACGAAGAGAUAUUUCCUAAUUCUCUCGGAGACUUUCUCUUUCAAAAGUUCGCCGAAUACCUGGAAAGUUGUGAUGACAGCGAUGAGGAACGAGAAAUGAAGCUCCAGCUUUUCGACUGGCAUGUGCGAUAUCAAAUGAUUGAUAAUUCUUGCGAGAGUUUAUACAAACUAUCGGCAAAGUGGUGGGGGACGUAUCUCUGUGACGACAAUUCCGCCCUUUCUAAUCUGAAGAAUGGAUUCGGAUCUAUAGUAAAUGUCAUCGUCGAUCAGAUUCCUCGAGAUAAUAUUGUGUACAACACCUGUUUGCGAAAUGUCCGGCUCGAAGGACCGCUAAUAAAACUCACCUGUGAUAACCGAACGGUAACAUGUGAUCACCUCAUCCUAACUCCUUCCUUGGGGGUUUUGAAAGACUUUAACGGGCUUGACACCGUUCUAACCCAAUCCCAUAACGACGCCAUCACCAAUAUGGGCUUUCAUUCCAUAGGUAAAAUAUUCUUGUUCUUCAACGAGAAGUGGUGGGAUGACGUCAUGGGCUUUCAGUUGCUGUGGGGUCCUGAAGAAGGACUUGAGGAGAAUGAGAGAUGGGUUAGAAAUAUAUCCGGCUUCGACGUGAUUCAUGGUCAUCCCAACUGUUUACUUGGGUGGCUUGGAGGCAGCGCAGUGCGGGUUAUGGAAACACUGAGUGAACAAGAAGUUGGAGCAAUUUGUGUGAAGGUUUUGAGAAAAUUUUUGGUUGACUAUCAAGUUCCGGAUCCUUCUAAAGUCUUCAGAUCGAAGUGGUUGUCUAAUCCUUGGAUAAAGGGCAGCUAUUGUAACAUCACUCCGGAGUGCGAUAAAUCUGGUUUAGGAACGAAUAAGCUCUCAGAGCCAGUUUACGUGGACGGCGUGCCAAGAAUACUGCUGGCAGGAGAGGCUGUUAAUGUCACUCACCACAGCACAACCCACGGAGCCUACGAGAGCGGGCAUCAACAGGCUUCCUUUCUCUAUAAUUUCAUCAAAAACUCUGACUGAAGUGUGUCGGUAAUCGAUUAAUGGUCUCACCUUCGCUACGAGGGAAUGUGGAUAAGUUGCUCAAGCUGUAAAACGAGAAUGUGAUGUAAUUGUGAGAUUGUUUUUUCAAGAAAUAAAAAAAAGUGAACUCUU